AUGUCCAAUAGUCAUAAGAUUAUCACUAAUAAGGAGUUAAAAGACGCCGCGUUUGGAGUGAUAAGUCUCGUCAGUACUUAUGAUUUGGAUAUCAAGUCAUUAGCGAAUGGAUUCAUUAGAUCUAAGACCAGUUCCGGUGCUGAAGUGAUUUCAAAUGAAAAUCAGGCCUUAAAUGCUUUCGAUUGCUAUUUGAUUGGAAAACAAACGGUGGAUAACAAGGAGUACUUGAAUGCAAAGCAAUGGUUGACAGAAGCGGUCGAUAGGUUGGAUGACGUGACCAGCGAUGAGAUAAUUGCAGACAUUUUUAAUUAUCUGUCGUUUUGUGAACUGAAAAUUGGAAAACCAAGUGAAGCCCAAAAAUAUGGGAGACUGUCGCCCGCUAUAAAGCCAGACAUCGAGACAAAUGAGUUGAUAUCAGAGAUCAAAGUGUUUAACGACACGAAUAGCACUUCUUCUGGUGUUAGAGAUAAACCUAUUUAUCGUUUAUCUAAAAAUGUAUACGAAUUAUGUCGAGGAGAAACACUUAUGAAUGACUCGAUUGUCUCGAAACUCAAGUGUUUUCACUUAAACACAACGAAAACACCGUUUUUACGGUUGACUCGCAUUCAAGUGGAAGAGAUGUACAAAAGUCCGCAAAUCGUUGUAAUCCAUGAAUUUCUGUCGGAAUCCGAGACACAAACUAUGAUCUCUUUGUCUGAGCCAUCAAUUGACAGGUUAUACGUCUCGGGAAAAGAUGGUAAACUGGAUGUCAAUGGAGUUAACAGCCGACUGGCGAAGGGUGGUUGGCUUUAUCACAAACAACACAAACGCGUGGACACAAUCAGCCGACGUAUCGGUGCCAUCACUGGCCUUAACAUGGAAGUCGCCGAACCAUACAAUGUUAUUAAGUAUAGUGUCGGCGGGUUUUAUGACUACCACUUCGACACACCUAACAGUUCAAACCCAUUCAACCAUUCGGCGCGCAUAGUCACGUGGAUCAACUACCUGAGCGAUGUGGGCGCCGGUGGGGCCACAGUAUUCACACGUCUCAAUGUGACCGUACGGCCCACAAAAUACUCGGCACUAUUUUGGCACAAUUUGCACAAAUCAGGUCAACUCGAUAGACAGACACUGCACAGCGGGUGUCCAGUACUGGUGGGACACAAAUGGAUUGCCACCAAAUGGAUCCGAUUCGAGGGACAGGAGUUUCACAAACCAUGCGAUCCCUACGAUCAACAAUCACGUCAUUUCAUUCAAUGA